AUGAGGUCAUCAUGUCCUGAGGAGCCACUACCUCCAUUUGAUGAUGAGGAUAGACCACAACGAAGGGGCCCUCGACAAAGGAAAAAUGGAGAUGAUGGGGGAGAUGGUAGGGAUGGUGGAGGGGAUGGUGGGGAUGGUGAGGAUGGAGGGGAUGGUGGGGAUGGUGACUGUGUAGACCGUACGGAUGACGUGGCACUGUACGGACGUCUGCAUGGCUCUGUGACUGUGCAGUAUGGAUUGUACGGAUCUGACGUGGUGGAAAGUUGGACUAUUUUCUCGCGGGCCAGUGGCUGCCUGCCACGUGGCGGACGCAGUUGCCACUUGGGUUUCGUGGUCACCGACGGAGAAUGUGCUGCCGGAGAUGGGAGAUCCCGAUGGGCCGGGAGCCAAGGACCGGCGGUGGUGGAUCUUGGUGCGGCGGUGACAGUCGUUGGGAGCUGCGGCCGGGAAGCGGGGGAGGCGUCGGGAGCUGUCGGAGCCAGUGGGCGGUGGAGGCGUCGGCGAUGCGUUCAGAGCGGGCAGUGGUAG